GAGAGGGAGAGUGCGAUUCAUAGAGCACUCAGUGGGACAAAAACACUCUCCAAGUAUCCCUUUUUUCUUCUCCCCCAACCCUGGAGGCACCAUCUCUUUCUAUCUCUCCAUUAGUGUGGGUCCUUUAUUUACUGUUUUACCAAAAUCUCCCUCCUGGGAAGUAGAAAUUGGUUCUGAGGGGAACGUUGGGACCGCAACAACUCCACAGCGACACGUCUCUCUCUGGUAUCAUUUCCAUGACGAUGCCCUCUCGGUGGGAGCAUUUCCACAGCAACGUCCUCUCUUGACACGCCUCGCGGACACGUUAGCCUCGUUUGCAGGUGCGCCCUGCGCAGAGACGGAAAGUUGGAACAACGUCUCUUUUUUCUCUCUCACUUUCUCAUCUUUUUAUUUCUCUGGGGAAACACCCGUGUCUUGCAUUCUUGUAUCUGAGCUAGGAUUUUCAACAGAGUUGAAGGUCAAGUCAACACUGGAGAUGAGCUGUGAAACCAAGAUAAGAACGCACUGAGCCAAAGAACUGUUUGGGCUGUGUCUGUCACACAUAGCUCUGUUUACAAACUUCGGUCCUCAGCUUGCUUCACUCUUCUGGUUGAUUUGCUGACAUUGUUUAAAUUCUUUCAGUUCUGUGGGGAUAGGGUGGCGCUGGUCUGCCGAUCCAGGGACACCCAGUCUUUACAGGACUUGGGGCUAAACUAAACUCACCACCUGACAGAAGGGUCGGAGGUCACUAACUUGAGCGCGAGACGGGAGGAAGAAAACUCUGCACAUGGAGGGCUUUGGACAUAAACACUUUGAGGUGGACGGAAAGAUGGACAGCCACCAGAUGGACUACCGGAGGAUUGUAGGGGACACUGAGGUGCCACGUCCCAGCUCCAACUCCUCACUGCGGGAUGGGGAGUACCACUUCCUCCUCAGCCCUCACGGGCAUGGGCAUGAGACAGCAGCCCAGCGAUACAGUGCCACCCGCAUCCAGGCUGGCUUUGGCCCUGAGAGCAUGGCUGAUUACUUAAUCUGUGGGGGCACAGGCUACGUCCCAGAAGAUGGCCUCUCUGCACAGCAGCUUUUCUCCAUCGGGGACGGACUCACCUACAAAUCUGCUCAACAACAGUGUGUUGUCGCUGACGGUCAAACGGCAGAAGAGCUAUGCUCUAAAGGCGACGGGUUGACUUACAACGACUUCCUGAUUCUACCAGGCUUCAUUGAUUUUACCUCCGACGAAGUGGAUCUGACCUCUGCUCUCACCAAGAAGAUCACCCUCAAGACCCCGCUCAUCUCAUCCCCCAUGGACACUGUCACCGAGUCCUCGAUGGCCAUCGCAAUGGCGCUCAUGGGAGGCAUCGGCAUCAUCCACCACAACUGUACUCCUGAAUUCCAGGCCAAUGAAGUCCGCAAGGUUAAGAGGUUUGAGCAGGGCUUCAUCACAGACCCUCUUGUGUUGAGCCCACGUCACACGGUGGGGGACGUGUUUGAGGCUAAGACGCGCCACGGCUUUUCUGGCAUCCCCGUCACAGAGACUGGCAAGAUGGGCAGCAAGCUGGUGGGCAUCGUCACCUCCAGGGAUAUCGACUUCCUCUCUGAGAAGGACCACAGCCGACCCCUGGUGGAGGCCAUGACUAAGAGGGAUGAGCUGGUGGUAGCCCCAGCCGGUGUCACCCUCAAGGAGGCUAACGACAUUCUGCAGCGGAGCAAGAAAGGCAAGCUCCCUAUUGUGAAUGACAGUGAUGAGCUGGUGGCCAUCAUCGCCCGGACAGACCUGAAGAAGAACAGAGAUUACCCUCUGGCCUCUAAAGACUCACGCAAACAGCUGCUGUGUGGAGCUGCCAUCGGCACCAGGGAGGACGACAAAUACCGACUGGACCUGCUGAUGCAGGCUGGGGUUGAUGUGGUUGUACUGGAUUCCUCACAAGGCAACUCGGUGUAUCAGGUCAACAUGAUCAACUACAUCAAACAGAAGUACAGUGAGCUGCAGGUGGUGGGAGGGAAUGUGGUGACUGCGGCCCAGGCCAAGAACCUGAUUGAUGCAGGAGUAGAUGCUCUGAGAGUAGGCAUGGGCUGUGGCUCCAUCUGCAUUACCCAGGAAGUGAUGGCGUGUGGGCGCCCUCAGGGCACCUCUGUAUACAAGGUGGCAGAGUAUGCCAGGCGUUUUGGUGUUCCGGUCAUUGCCGAUGGGGGCAUUCAGACCGUGGGCCAUGUGGUCAAGGCUCUGUCACUGGGAGCUUCAACAGUGAUGAUGGGCUCGUUGCUAGCAGCAACCACUGAAGCUCCAGGGGAGUACUUUUUCUCGGAUGGUGUGCGACUGAAAAAAUACCGCGGCAUGGGCUCACUGGAUGCCAUGGAAAAGAGUACCAGCAGCCAGAAACGCUACUUCAGUGAGGGGGACAAGGUCAAGGUGGCUCAGGGGGUGUCCGGCUCAGUCCAAGACAAGGGCUCCAUCCAUAAGUUCAUCCCCUACCUGAUUGCUGGCAUACAGCAUGGUUGCCAGGACAUUGGUGCUAAGAGUCUCUCUGUCCUACGUUCCAUGAUGUACUCCGGGGAGUUGAAGUUUGAGAAGAGGACCAUGUCUGCUCAGGUGGAAGGAGGAGUACAUGGACUUCACUCUUACGAGAAACGACUUUACUGAAGGAGGGGCCAGGAAGAGGCGGACUAGGGGUGCGCCCGAUGUCCUCGCACCCGCUGUGACCAAACGUAACCGCAACAUCUGACACUCCCACACCAACAUCCCCGCACAUACCCCUUGUUAAAGGUCGGGGGGGGUCAACACCAGGGAAACACGGGAUCUUGAACUUCUAAAGCUGCACACCUGGUUGUCAUAACAACCCAGAGAGAGAGAGAGCGAGAGAGAGCGAGAGAGAGCGAGAGAGAGCGAGAGAGAGCGAGAGAGAGCGAGAGAGAGCGAGCGAGAGCGAGCGAGAGAGAGCGAGAGAGAGCGAGAGAGAGCGAGAGAGAGAGAGAGAGAGAGAGAGAGCGAGAGAGAGAGUCAGUCUGUCGGGACAGUCUCAGUGAAGAAGGCCUCUGGCGGCGCUUUUUGCUACCCUCUCCUCAUAUUGGUGAAACUGCUGACACUUCCUCUAUUUUCUCACAUCUGCUCUUACCAGCAGCUCCAUGUCAGAAGCCUCAAACAUCCAAAUCAAAUGUCAAGUAUGUAAGAAAAGCGCUUAUCUCGCUAGUAUGUGCAAGUGUAUCGUGGCAAUCCUUUAUCUAUGUAGUUAUCCAUUUUUAAAGCGUAAAGAUGUCAACUGCUUCAAGAAAAGUGUAUUGUUCCUCAACUGCCAUUCAAAUGACAUUCUGUCUGACUCUUCUUCACUGUUACCAUGGCUGGUUUGUCAUUUCCCCUCCAAACAGCACCAACUUCCAGUUCAUUGGAAGUGCCCAUAUUAGACUCCCUUAUGAUUUAAACCAAAAAAAACUAGUGGCUAGUAUGGUGUGUUUUUGAGAUUACGGUUGGGACCGCAACUAAACAUCGGCCAUAGAUCAUGGAACGUUUUUAAAGCAAAAGUGUCAAUCAAAGAGUUAAUAUCUUCUAGACUUGAAUGAAAUGAGUUUUAGAUACUUCUGGGUGCUUAAACGAGAAUGAACGUUUUGAUAUCCAUGCUCUUUUUUUUUUCUUUUUUUUUUUACCUUUACAUAGCUGUAUUUAUACUCAGCUUUUUUCUUAUUGUGCUUGUACUGCCAAGUGUAUUGACAUGCUCUGUGACACUCUUUGUUUUAAUUAAUACUAAAAGCCAAAAUUAUCACCACAAGUCGCAAUCAAUGUAGUCCCCUGUCCAGCCCCUGUCCAUUUUGGUCUCUGAUUGAGGCACAGAUUGUUAGCAGGUUUUUCCUGUUCCGAUGGCCAGGGACCUGCCUUGAAACCCAGAGGUGAAUACCGAAUGGCUGAAGGUCUUCAACUCCAGUAAAAGCUGUGUUGUAUGUGUAUGGCGCUAGACAUCCUCCCCUCCUCCUCACUUUAUUUUAGAAACUGUCCUUGUAUGUAUCAUUCCGCUCCUGUAGGGAUUAGGUAAAA